GAGCUUCCAAUCAUACUCGGUUGGAACAGAAGUUCCGGUGCUCUUAUUGAUUCCACACCCAGGUGUAGCUGUUCAAAACAAAAAGCGAAUAAAUAUAGCUAAGAAUUUUAAAUUGAAACGACUACAUUGGAAUUGCAUUUGAAUUAUGGCGACAAAAUACAAACAAAAUGAGAAAUGUCAAAACAACACCUUACAUAACCUUAAAUUGCAAACAAAUCAAUCGGUUGUUAGUACAUAACGAUUAUCACUUUACCCGUUUGAAAGUAGGAAAAAAUUAUGUUUAGGUUCGGCAAAGAGAUACUUUUCCAAAAUGUUUCAUUGAUUCGACGAUUCAAAUUGAAUCAACCGCAAAAUAAAUUGACAAAUCGGUUAUAUAGCAGCAGUUAUGAGGGUGAUGGUAAAACCAAAGUUAAAGUGUUGAAUAAUGAUCCAGACAUGGGAUUGAUGGUUAAUUCAUUCAGUGAACUUGGCUUUCGACUCAAUAACAAGUUCAGUGUAGUUGGACCAAUGGUGAUAUUUCCUCGCACAGUUUUAUCGUGGAAUGUUAAUUCGGUGGAUGACAUAAAUGAACAUUCGUUGCGAUUAUUAUUGGCGCUCGAUCCAAAAUUAGAACUUUUAAUUAUCGGCACCGGCGACAAAGAGGUUACACCUGAACUAACUAAUGCAAUAUUAUCGAUUGUAAAACCAUACGGUAUACGGAUAGAAUUAUUAAAAACUGACGUGGCAUGUACAACUUUCAAUUUCAUGAAUGCUGAAAGUCGAUUUAUAGCCGCCGCUUUGAUACCACCGAAGAAACUUAAAUUCAAUGAUAUGGAUCUAUUGGCGGUAGCCGAACGACAAAAGCAACUGUAUGGACCGGAUGAACAUACGAUAAAAAUUACGUCUUAGUUUAAUACUAGUUUUAAUACCAAUGUCAUUUUAGGCAAUAAAACCGAAAAAGUUAACACAUUUCGAAGCAA